AUGGCGAAGAAGAAAGAGAAGUCGGUGAAUGUCUCAGGAAAGCCGAAGCACGCCCUUGAUGUUAACCGAGAUGGGAAUGCAAGCAAAGGCAAACGCAGCGCCUCCACGGUGCGGCGGCUCAAGAUGUACAAUACGAAGCCGAAGCGUGACAGUAAAGGCAAGAUUGUGAAGCACGAUUUGCAGUCCAAUGAGUUGCCAUCUACUCGAAUUCAACCCGAUCGCCGAUGGUUCGAUGCAUUUGGACCUAAGAAGAAGAGGAAGCGUCCAAAGCUGAUGGUAUCAGAUUACGAGGCACUAGCUAAGAAGGCUGAUGGUUCUCAAGAUGCAUUUGAAGAGAAAUAUGGUGCAAGUGUAUCUACAGAAGGAAUUGAAGAUGGAUUCAGGGACUUGGUUCGGCAUACAAUAUUUGAGAAGGGUCAAAGUAAACGCAUAUGGGGUGAACUCUACAAACAAGCAAGAGUUCAUCUUCUCGAUACGGAGCCUUUUGCAGAUGCAUUUGGACCUAAGAAGAAGAGGAAGCGUCCAAAGCUGAUGGUAUCAGAUUACGAGGCACUAGCUAAGAAGGCUGAUGGUUCUCAAGAUGCAUUUGAAGAGAAAUAUGGUGCAAGUGUAUCUACAGAAGGAAUUGAAGAUGGAUUCAGGGACUUGGUUCGGCAUACAAUAUUUGAGAAGGGUCAAAGUAAACGCAUAUGGGGUGAACUCUACAAAGUGAUAGACUCUUCAGAUGUGGUAGUACAGGUUUUGGAUGCUAGGGACCCCCAAGGUACAAGAUGUUAUCAUUUGGAGAAGCAUUUGAAAGAGCAUUGCAAGCAUAAACACAUGAUUCUUUUGUUGAACAAGUGUGAUUUAAUCCCUGCUUGGGCAACAAAAGGAUGGCUUAGAGUGUUAUCCAAGGAAUUUCCUACUCUGGCAUUCCAUGCAAGCAUUAAUAAGUCCUUUGGUAAGGGUUCUCUUUUGUCAGUGUUGAGACAAUUCAGCCGCUUAAAAAGUGACAAGCAAGCAAUAUCAGUGGGAUUUGUUGGGUAUCCCAAUGUUGGAAAGUCAUCAGUUAUCAACACACUGCGAACAAAGAAUGUCUGCAAGGUUGCUCCUAUUCCCGGAGAGACUAAAGUAUGGCAAUAUAUAACUCUCACAAAGAGGAUCUUCUUGAUUGACUGCCCUGGUGUAGUUUAUCAAAACAGCGACUCAGACACUGACAUUGUGUUGAAGGGUGUGGUACGUGUCACAAAUUUGCAUGAUGCCACUGAGCAUAUUGGUGAAGUUCUGAAACGCGUGAAGAAGGAGCACCUAGAAAGAGCAUACAAGAUAAAAGAAUGGUAUGAUGAAAAUGACUUUCUUCUUCAGCUAUGCAAAUUAGCAGGCAAGCUUUUGAAGGGAGGUGAACCUGACUUGAUGACUGCAGCAAAGAUGGUUCUACAUGAUUGGCAGAGAGGUAAAAUACCUUUCUUUGUUCCACCUCCAAAGGAGGUGCAAGAAGAUGAACCAUCGGAGGAACCCAACGAAUCUGGCAUAGAGAACAAUACAGUGGUGGAUGAUAAUAAAGAAUCAGCAGCUAAAAGGGCCAUAGCUGAUGUUAUCUCAUCCCAGCAGCUAAAAGACGUCCCUGUUCAAGAGGAUCUCUUUAGCGAGAAUGAGUUAAGGGGUGAGACGGCUGAGCAACUUCCACCCAUCAGCUCAUAA